AUGAGUUCUUCUGAAAGCCGCGCCACGGAUAUCCCUACGAAAGAUGCCAAACAGGCACUGGCCGAGGAUGGGUUCGACGACUGCAUGUCCUGCAGAGUAACUGGAUCUGCCGCGUUCAUUGGCCUCGGUGUCUACAGCUACUACACAGGAAUGAGCAACCUCCGCAAACAAGAGAAGGCAAUCAUGGCGGGUCCUACGAAAUACAAAAUGGGCUCAAGGCAGUUGGGAAUUGCCACGAUAUCCGCAACUCUGGUCGGCAUGGGACUGUGGCGGGCGUUCAACUAA